AUGGUUACAUUUGGACUUUUGUAUAUUUUCUUGCUACCAAUCAUUUACUGUAACGAAGAUGUCAGUCGUCUAUUCGAAGAUUUGUUGGUUGAUUACAAUAAACUUGUUCGACCAGUGGACAAUAAAACAAAUGCAUUGGUUGUUCGUUUUAAGCUGAAAUUAUCACAGUUGCUUGAUGUGACAUGGACAGAUAUCAAACUGAGAUGGAAUCCGGAUGAGUACGGUGGAGUAAAUAUGCUAUAUGUUCCAUCUGAUAUGAUUUGGAUUCCGGAUAUUGUGCUUUACAAUAACGCUGAUGGAAACUAUCAAGUUUCACUUUCGACCAAAGCUAAAUUAUCUUUUAAUGGUACUGUAGAAUGGACACCACCAGCAAUUUACAAAAGUAUGUGCCAAAUUAAUGUGGAAUGGUUUCCCUUCGAUGAGCAAACUUGUGAAAUGAAAUUUGGUUCAUGGACAUAUGGUGGUUUAGAGGUUGAUUUAAAGCAUAAAGAUUCGGAUAUUGAACGAAAAGUAAAGGAAAUAAGUGUAGGAGUUGAUGGUGAGCAUAUCGAAACAGUUUGGAUUGUUGAUAAAGGCAUUGAUCUAAGUGAUUAUUAUCCAAGUGUAGAAUGGGAUAUACUCGGUGUAUCUGGUAAACGUCAUGAAAUUAGAUAUCCAUGUUGUGAAUCACCAUUCAUUGACCUCACGUACGAAAUUCAUCUUCGUCGAAAAACAUUAUUCUACACGGUUAAUCUCAUUUUUCCAAUUGUUGGAAUAAGCUUUCUUGCGGCGUUAGUAUUUUAUUUACCAUCUGAUGGUGGUGAAAAGAUUUCAUUUUGCAUAUCAAUUCUAAUUUCAUUAACCAUAUUUUUCUUAUUGCUUGGUAUGUUUCAUUCAGAAAAGCUGCAAUAA